UCUUGUCACCGAGUGAGGGAGGUAACAGUUAGGUUCUCGUCUCAAUAUCCUCGUUAUUCUUAAACAGUGACAUUCUGGGACGCUUCCCUCCCCCCUCCGAUUCCUUCGACCAUAGUUGCGUGUAUGGUAAGUGAGCGGUGAAGUGAGUGGAGACUGCGCGGGUGGGAGGGGAGUGGGGGGUGCUUUGGAAAAGAUGUCUCGCUUACUUGUUCCGACGUAGGGGGGAGUGUGCGGCAGCCAGUUGGCUUGACACGCUAGCUUUUUGCGAGGGCUGCGGGGCCCUCCUCGGCCCUCAAGUAGCUUCCUCCCGUAGCGGUGGAACACACUCUGCGACAACGGCACCGACCGGGGGAGUCUAACAGACGAGGCAGGCAACCCCCCCCGGACUUUGAGACAACUCCGUCCGACGAGUGGACGUCGUCUGAGUCGUGAAUCGCAUCCGGAGACGCGAAAGGGAUGGCGCAGAUUCACCUCAAUUACAAUUAAUCCUAAAAUAUAUCCAAGUGUGCCGUUUAGUAACUCUAGUCAAUUUUAACCCCAGAAAAAAACACAACACCGCCUGAUGGACAGAAUGAAUUUGCCUGCUGUGUAAUUGUCAGCCUGUCCUUUUCUGGUGGAGGAGGUUAGUGACACACUCGAGGUGAGGAAUUGGCCUUGCCACUAUGUGGAAAAUGCCGGCCAAGAAGAAGAGCUGCUUCCAGAUCACAAGUGUGACUCAGGCCCAGGUGGCUGCUGUAGGGGCCACGGACGACACGGAGAGCCUAGAGGACCCGGACGAGUCCCGCACAGAGGAUGUGUCGUCCGAGAUGUACGAGCCAAUGUGUGACAGGAAUUCGUCAGAAGAAGGGCUGAAUAACACCGGAGAGCCAGAGGCGACGGGAGUCAUAGCGCCGUCGCAGUUACAUCACUUCUCUCUGCUGUCAGUAAAUCCCCUGGGGGAGGUUCGGAAAGCGCCCGUGUCUGGUCCCGUUCAGCAGCCAGCCGGGAUUGGCUGUACAGCAGUCUUACCCCUCGUCACACAGCAACAAGCGGCCCCGACCUCCAGUUCCGGUCUGGUCAUUAUGUCUGUAAAUGUAUCCCAACCCGCUACAGUGCCCAGUCCAGGUCCUCCUCCUCCUGCUGCCACCACAGUGACUUGUACUUCCCGUUUUAGGGUCAUCAAACUUGACCAUGGUACUGGAGAACCCUUCCGAAGAGGGCGGUGGAUGUGUACAGAGUUUUACGAGAAAGAGUCUGAUGGUUCUAUUGCGAAUCGGACUGUUGAUGUCACGAGGCGAGAUAUCAGCGCGACGCCGGAGACUGCUGCAGACAGAGACAGUGCGGUGGGGCAUACCACCGGCUCUGUAGUUGCCCCGGCGCCGCAUUCGACUCAGGCCUCCGGAGCUUCACCGGAUGUCACCCGCAUGCAUCCAGCGGAGACGUCUGCACAGCAGAACUUCACUACCCGGCAACAUGCUGUCAGCGGGUCUGGCCCGCAGAUUGUCCUCACUGGUAGCAAGCCCACAUCUGUGCCAGUUCAGCCUGUGGUGGUGAGCAUCCAGCCCGCUGCUCCUCAGAGCGUCGGCAACGGAUUGCCUCACAUGCAGAAGUCCCCUAUUUUGCCUCCAUCAGGCCAGACCCAAGCUUACCAACUUUCCAUGGGACACCACCUAACGGGCCUGAACCAGACCGAGUAUUAUGAACAACAACCUGGAAUUGCCACCGGUCAGUCACUUUCAGUGUCAGGCCAGUCCGCAGGGGCACAGACAAUGGGACAAGCAACCUCUCCUGCUAUGCCUCAAGGGUCUACAGGAGUUUCCAUGCCCGUUCAUUUUGGGGAUGUUGCUGGCGUUGGAGCAGUACUUCCUGGACAGACUGCUCCAAGUCAGACUGGUGGAAUGGGAAGUGUUGCUGGCUCCAUAUUGGUCAGUGGAUCUACUCACGGUCAGUAUGCCACCACUGGACAGCCCAAACCCCAGGCCCUCCACCCCGCAUCCUCUGGUGUGCAAAAUGUGCCUGUCACUGCAGCGAACUCCGGCAUGCCCCCCACUGUGCCUAUUGUGGUGCCCAGUGCCUCCAGCACAGCCGUGCCAAAGGUGACAGCCGCUAGUUUGACUCCAGGUCAGAUGACCCAAGGCAAAACACCAGGAGCGUUGGCGGGUCACAGCCUCCUUGUAGCCGGAUUUGGACAGGUAGAGGGAGUUCCUGUAAGGAAAUCUGAUGGGGUUGUCAAUGCACAGUCAUUUGGGAAGGAUCUGGUGAAGCCCCUCAUGCCUGAGAGCCUGCAGCUCGCCACGCCAACUGUCAACAGCCUGUUUGGAAUCCACAUACCAGUCGACGGGGAUGAGGACAGGAACCCCUCCAAGGCUUUCUACCAGGCCUUCCAGUCUGGCACCAGAUUAAGGGACUCAAAGGCCCACAGUGAUAGUGCCUCUGGAACCAAUAUUGUUGCCAUUGAUAAUAAAAUAGAGCAGGCCAUGGACCUGGUGAAAAGCCAUCUGAUGUACGCUGUACGUGAGGAAGUGGAGGUCUUAAAGGAGCAGAUCAAAGAGCUCUUCGAGAGGAACUCUCUGCUGGAGCGAGAGAACGCUGUGUUGAAAUCUCUGGCGAACAGCGAGCAGCUCUCGCAGCUUCCUGCCCAGUCGGCGGGUGGGUCGGCAGGCCCGACACCGCCACUGCCUCAACCCUCACAGCCCCCCCAGCAGCUGGCGGCUGGGCUCCCGCCUCAAGUGCAGCCUCUGCUCCAGCAGCAGCAGCAACACCCGAAGGCCCCACAGACUCAUCCCCAGCUCGACGCAAGCCAACAGCAACCCAACGUCACCUCAGCUUGAAAAACAUCGCUACGGGUGCAGACAACCACAAGAUACAUUACAAUUAUAGUCAACCCCCGCAAUUCACGUGGGAUCGGGACGGAGUCCUGACGCCAAUGGUGGUGCCAACUCAAAACUUGUCUAAUUUCAAACACAUCUUAUAUUAUUGCCCUGAAAAAUAAAUGGCUUACAGAUUAAAUGACUUAUUCAAAAUGCACUGGAGGUAAUAAUGAUAACUUUAUUAUACAGCACCUCUAAAAACGUGUUGAACUGGAGAGCUUACAUGAAACAGAAUGAGCACAAAUACCAAGGUGUGCUAGAAAAUACGAAGUGACCCAUAAAAAACGCAUUGGAAACAAUGAGACGAGACGUUACCGCAAACAAGACUACCUGCGAACAAUCCAAGCUAAACUCAACUCCUCUCCUGGCAUACAAAGACCAGUCAAGAUGUCUUACUUCAAAAUACACUACUCACAAAAAGUUUGGGAUAUUGAGCUCUAACAAGGAGCCGAAUGGCACAGUCCACAACAGGUGUUUGAUACAUGAACAUUUCCAAGUUCGUACACUUCUAUGUCUUUCUGUGACUUUUCCAGACUCUCUGUUGCAACCUGUUGAUGACACUGUAGCAAGGCUUCAGACAGGAUGUUCUCAGAGGGAUGUGGCCGCUGAGUUUGGAGUGUGACUGGGGGAGGCACAGAAGACGACGUCCUUGGAAAUUGUCAUGCAUCAAACACCGUCGGACAUGUGCAUUCAGGAGUUUAGAGGUCAAACUAAGUUAAUCUGUAAAGGUUCUAGUGCAUUUUAGGCUCAUCCUGAAAUUACACUAUUCACAACAUUUCAACAUUUUGUGAAUAGUGUACUUUCUCGACACCAAUUACUACUUUCCUAUUAGCCAGGGCUUUGGCGUAAUCUUGGGGCAUUACGAAAAGAGCACAAAAAUACACCGAGAUCCACAGAAAAGUGGGGGUUCACUGUAGUGUCUGUGAAAUUUACAGGAAAAAAAGUUUCAAGAAACUUGUCCUCUUAGCCACCAGCUUGACCACGAAGUGCAGUGCUUUUGUGUGUGUGUGUGUGUGUGUGAGAGACUGAUCUUUGAAUGUAUGUGUGUCUGUACUGUGGGCCUUUCCAGUGUUAAUGCAAUCAUUAGGAGACAGAAUUUUGUCAGAGAUGGAGAACUCAAGAGUGGCUGUGUGGGCAUCCAAGACUGAUCUGAGACCUGCCCAAGUCUGUAAAGGAGAGGAUAAAGGGAGGGGUUUUGCCUCACAUUAAGGGACAAACGAUUGUUUAAAAGAAGCAUUAUUUUUUUAUGAUCAUUGUAGGUAAAGAGGGGUUGGGGGGUGCAUUUUAGCCUUGCUGAAUCCUUGUAAAGAAAGAAAUGUCUUCUGGAGUGCCACCUCUGCCGUUACUUGUACAUGAACCCUUGCAUCAGUCUUUUUGACGUCUGCUGUCAAGUGUUUUAUUUAUUACAGGGGCUGCUGUAUUCAUAAAUGAAUUGAAUGAAACUAUAGCCCUCUUGUUUUUUUUGUAAGUGUUUUAAAAAAAAAAAAAAAAGAACUUGGCCAAACCUCCGGGGGAAGGGAGGGGGGCAAUGCUUUACAUUAGGGGUUCUCAAACUGGAGUCUGGAGACACCCAGGUUUCUGCAAAACAUUAGCAUAAUUAUGUUGUAUCAUUUUUUUUUUUAAAUACAAAACUAAAUUUUUAGCAAACGGUAUUUUUUUAAGUUAAAAAUAACUUGGGCAAUUUUGCUAUUUGGCUAACAAUAUGGGGAACGAUGUCCAAUAAAACAAACAUAACAAACCAGUGACUCCAACCUACCCUAGCUUUGGGCUAAUUAAAAGCUCUGAUAUGAUCAUGAUGUAUCUCAUAAAUCUGACCCCCCCCCCCCCCCCCCCCAAAAAAUGAACAAAACAUGUAUUCCAUGCAUAGUCACAUUUACUUCAAGAUCAUGGGACAAUUGAGCUGCAGAUAUGCUGCCCCAACAUCUGCAGCUUACAGUUUGAGAUAUGAGAAAAUUGAACUUUGUCACAGAAUUAAUUAAACUCAUAAGCUACCACUGUUAAGUCCUUUUUUUUUUUUUUUUCGAGCGUAUUAAUCUUUUGCAGAAUAAAAUGUGUAAUGUUAGAAGGUCGAAGUUGUAUUUUAAAAAUUCACUUCUUAAAAUGUGACUUUCUUCCCUGGUUCAACUUUGAUUUUAAUAUAAUCAUAUUGUGGUGGAUAGGGAACGAGCCAGACUGGGAAUAGCGAAAACUUGGCAAAAUGUUGCAAAAAAAAGGUCAAAGCACUUCCUCCCGGCUUGGGUGGUUGGUGAAGGGGACUGUGACAAAAUGCCACCACAGAGUUACCAAACAAGACAAUAUCCAAUAUUUAGGCUCUUUAGUGUAGCAUACACAGGAAGUCCGCUAACCUGCUUUCCAGGUUUGGUCACGUGGCGUUCCGCAUUUAGCGGAUUGAAGCUCCCUUAUAAUUGCCUUGUAAAAACAAAACAAACAAAAAAUUUAAUAAGCGGGGAAUAGGUUGCACCCCCAAAAAAAAUCCAUGAAUACGUGAGGUUGUGAAUGCUGCACUGCGAAAAUGUGGGAGUCCACUAUUUCUGACUUUAUCUUGGAAAAAUACAACUUUGUUCUCAUAAGAUUAAGACUUUUUAGCCUGACAAAACAUUUGUUCCUGUGAACAUAUCUUCUUCUUGAAAAUUACAGUUAUUCUCAUAAUGUUACACAUUUUUUUUCUUCAUUUGUUUUUGGAACAUUACACCUUUUUAAUUCCUGUGGCAUUUAGGGAAGUGCUGAGGCACAACUUUACGGAAAAUCUCACAGCACACCACCAAACAAAAACAUAAAAGUCUAGUGGAAGGGCAUUUAAUUGUUCUGUCACUGGCAUAGAAAAUAAAAGAAACAAUAUUUCAAGUACAUUUUUGGCCCGAUUUAGUGAAAUUGAAUAAUUUCCCGCAGCCUUAUGACCUCACGGCACACUGGUUGGGAAUCACUGAUUUGGGGUACACAUGGUAGUUAUGUUUGAUUGGCAUUGUGAUUAUGAUCAGGGGGUCCUUGGAAAAAGUUUGAGAACCCAUGCUUUACAUGUAGUAGUGAAAAGCCACAUGGAAGUCUGACAAAUCUUAAAACACUAACUCAAAUUUCAUGCUGCAAUUGUCUAUUUCGAGUUAGACUCUUUAUGAAUGUAUGUUAUUAAAUCUGUUCGGGAGCCCUGUUGGCCAAAAGUGAAUCGGUAUCCCCCCGUGUAAAGCUCUGAAAUCAUUCAACCUACUUUGUAACCAAAGAUGCAAAGCUGUAUCGAUUGAUUACUUUUUCAAAUGAACACAUGUACACUACUUGGAAAAAGUUAGGGAUAUUUGGCUUUGGGGUGAAACCUCAGGAUGAAGCAAAAAUUUCAUUUCUGUGACUUACAGUUUCUCUGUUGCAACCUGACAGACAAGGCAAGUUUCUCAAAACAGGAUCUGCUCUGGACAAACCAUGCGGUGGAAGGCUUGCUACUACCACCACUGAUAAAAACACAGAACUGCUUGAGCAGGUGUUCCCGCAAAGCCAUGAACAUUUUCAAGGAUGUCCACUUCUACGUCAUUCUGUGACUCUUCCUGUCUCUUUAUUUCUUUGACAACCUGCUGAAGACACUGUUUUUUAAGCUUAGUGGAUACUUCCCUCUGAAAGCAUCUUGUCUUUGUAGAGGAAAGUGGCCACUGAUCUUACUGUCAUCAACAUGUUGCAACAGAGACUGGAAGAGAGAAAAGACAUACAAGUGAUGCUCUUGUCUCUUCCUUGUUAUAGCAAGUUGUGCAAAAAGAACUCAACAGUCGGACAUUAAAAAGUUUCGAAAAGGUCAACUUCAGUUCACCUGAGUAGGUAGGAUCUAGUGCAUUUUAGGUUCAUCCUGGAAUUUCAUCCCAGUCCAAUAUUCUGAAACUUGUUGUGACUAGUGUAUUUUCUUUUUUUUUUUUUUCCUCUUGUGACUCCAUCACAAAAUAUUUGUGUUGUCAUUCAGCAUGUUCUGUCACCUUCAUACCACUUUCUUACCUCAUUUUUAUUCAUCACUCUGAUUGGAAGACAGUCUGUGAACAGUGUAAGUGGGGAGAGGGGGGGGGGAAAUUUGGGGUUCUGAAAAAGGGGUUGAAUCACGCAGCAGAGUUGGCGCCAGCAGCGAGGGGGGGGGGGGGGGAAGGUCGUGAUUACGGACGCUAGUCACAAAAUUAAGUGAGCCAUCUUUUGUUUGUUGAAAUGGUGUUUGAAUUUCAUAUACCAAUAGUUUUGUUACAUUGCAAAUUUUAUUGUAUUUAAAUAAAAGAAAUAUUCAAAUUCCAUAAGUGCUUUUGUUGUUUUAGUAAACACUGAUUAGUACCUUAUUUAAUAUUUUGUGCUCAAAGGCAAUAUUUAAUUUUUAAAGUGGACAGAUGGGG